AUGGUGGUAUGUGGUGAACUGUUGACGAAAAUGGUUGAACCAUUGGUGUCGUUACCUCCUAGCGACAGUCUGUUCCCUCCCAACGGCGACCAGAACGAAUCUACCAGUCCUAGUGCAGCACUCAGUCCGCUUCCUGAUACACGAAACUCUUCAUUAACUCCAUCAAACUCGAUCCGUCGUCUCCCGUUGAGCUACUGUGGUAAAUUGGAAAUUCCUACACCGUGGAUGAAAUUCUUACACGACAACAAAGCAAGCUGGAAAGAACGUGCUGCUAAAGAAGAGGAAGAACGAAAGAGAGCUGAGGCUGAAAAAGCAGCUCUGGACAACGGAAAUGAUCAAGAAAACGGCGAACCCUAG